AUGUGUGAAGGAUGUCUUCUCUCUUUCGCCACCGAGAAAGACUCUGACUGUGAUACUUAUAAGUCUCUCAUUGGAAUCUUACACAAAGAUCUCGAGCUUCUCAUUGACGAUGAACGUGAACUUCCCUUGGCGUUCAAGAAAGACGACAAUUUUGUUCAGACAACAAAAAAUCUUGUGGAUUACAAGAUUAACAACAACAACAACAACCUUAAAAGUGAUAGCUUGAAGGAACAUUGUUCGUGUUGUGGAGAAUUAUUAAAGAUGAAAUCUGAGAAGUUUCCGAAGAACAACUCUUUCCUGGCCCCUGCUCCUUCACCUAGGGUUUCGUACAAUAAACAGUCUGAAAACGAAUCUGAGUUUAAGGAUCUGGAUAUGGACAGAACACCGAGUUUUGUAAGAGGAGGUAACAAGUUUUUUGGGGUCCCUCUGUCUGAUUCGGCGCAAAACAGUCCACGAUGGUCCGUUCGGUCUCUAAAGAAACCCCUUUUGGAUAAGCCAGAGAAUGCUUCGGACACGGCAGAUCAAAACGGUGAAUCCAUCCUUCAUCAGCUCAAGAAAGAGGUUCGCUUGGACAAGAAGUCACUCAUUGAUUUGUAUAUGGAGUUAGAUGAAGAGAGAAGUGCUUCAGCUGUUGCAGCCAACGAANACAUUUUAUUGGUCACUUCCAUUAUAGUGGAGCUUAUUCUUUUCCCAUCAAAAUCCAGAUUCUCUUUUUAUACUUAUAUUUUAGUGUGGGAUGAUUAG